ACCCCCCUCCUCCCUGACUCCCCCCUUCUCCUUCCCCUCUGAUGCUGCGGAGCUGUGCUCGGGCUCAAACCCACGACCAGUAUCGAUCACUGCACAUGUCAUACGCGGCGGUAGGAAGUGGACUGGUGGCGCUGAAACGAGCUCUUUAAACACACACAACUUAACUCCGUUUAAAAGUUCACCGACAUGCCUCUCCGGGUGGUCAUGCAGGGUCCCGGACCCUGGGGGUUCCGGCUGGUCGGGGGAAAGGACUUCGAGCAGCCGCUGGCGAUUUCCCGGGUCACCCCCGGGAGCAAAGCGGCCCAGGCCAACCUGUGCAUCGGAGACAUGAUCCUGGCCAUCGACGGCGAGCCGACGGAGAACAUGACUCACUUGGAGGCGCAGAACAAGAUCAAGGGCUGCGUGGAGGAGAUGGUGCUCUCCAUAGACAGGUCAGAGACUAAACUGUGGUCGCCGCUCUCAUCGGAGGAAGGGAAGACGCAUCCGUACAAGAUGAAUCUUGCAUCAGAGCCACGGGAGGUGAAACACAUCGGCUCGACCCACAACAGGAGCGCUCUGCCCUUCACCGGCUUCGGCUCCAAAGUCGUCACCAACCAGUACAACAACCCGUCCGGUCUCUACUCCUCAGAGAACAUCAAGGACUUCAACUCGGCUGUGGACGAGGUCAAGACCAUGGCUACGGCCAACGAGCCCAACAACAAAGCUCCAUCAGAUCCGUCAAAGACGGCCAAGCGGCCGCCGGUGGCUGCAGAUUCAGAGGUCUACAAGAUGCUGCAGGAGAACCAGGAGUCCGACGAGCCUCCUCGACAGUCGGCUUCGUUCAAGGUGCUGCAGGAGAUCCUUGAGACCGGCGACUGUGAUAAACCGUCAGGGUUCAGGAGCGUGAAAGCGCCCACGACAAAGAUCGGAUCGUCGGUGGGGAACGCGGAGAAGUUACCCAUCUGUGACAAAUGUGGAUCUGGGAUUGUGGGGAUGGUGGUGAAGCUGAGGGACAAGUUCCGUCACCCUGAGUGCUACACCUGCACAGACUGCGACGUCAACUUAAAACAGAAGGGACAUUUCUUUGUGGAGGACCAGAUUUACUGUGAGACGCACGCACGGGAGCGGGUGACUCCGCCCGAGGGCUACGACGUGGUCACCGUCUUCCCCAAGUAGAGCGGCUCGCUGCACGGGCUCGGCCUCGGACUGCACGCCCCCCUGUAGGACACCCACCACAUAAUCCAAGACAUUUAGCUCGUGCUACUCCUAAAGAAAACGGUCUUCUCUCACAUUCUGCUUCAGCACACUCACCUGUAGGCAGGACUACGUUUUUAAAAAGAUGAUUUGCACAUUAACUUUGGCUUCAAAAGGAAAAUUACUGAAUAUUAUGACUCAUUUUCUCUCCCUCCUCUGAAAAAAUCUCCUCUUUUUGAAUGACAGCUGCUGUGUUUUAGUAAUAUUUGUCCUUUUACAUGUUUGUUAUGUUCCUUUGAAUCAUGGAAACAACGGAGAACCAGACUGCUCUUCACCCGCUUCAUGUUUUUACAGUUUUAUUAAAUAAAUAGACCUCCUCUUAUCCAGAAAACCAGCUCAGAAACACAUUUCAAUCCAUUAAUGAAUAUUUUAGCUUAAACCUGUUGUCUUGUCCUGCUCCUCUUUUAAAUACACGUAAACAAAGAAUGAAACAGGUAGAAAACGCUGCUUCCCUGCUUUGGUUUGGGCUCAUUUCUUGCGUCACAACAGAUGAAACACCUGCUGUGACGUCGUUAAUCAAUCGCCACCUUUAAGUUUGUGUUGUUAAAAUGUAAAAAUGGACAAAUAAACAUCAGUAGUGCCA